AACUGCAGCCGGAAAAUGUUUAACCCUAAUUACGCUUCUUCUGUGGAAACCAUGCCCUCAUCUCACGACGAACCCAUGUCCGCCGAGAUCUCUCCCGUCGAGACCAAGUCCUCCGGGUCUAGCAUACCUGUCUUCUGGGACUUGGUGGAUUUCCCCUUCCCCCGUGGUCUCGAUCCUGUUUCGAUUUAUCAGAAUUUGAAAACAAUUCUUCAGAAUAUGGGUUGUGUUGGUGACUUGUCAUUCAUGGCUUAUGUGGAUGAGGAAAACUUGAGGGAUGAAUGGCGCGAUGUUGCCUAUAAGAAUGCCGGAAUCAACAUUUUUGUUGUUCCCCCACAAGGGGAUGUCUAUAAUGAUAUACAUAAUAGUAUGCUACUCGACAUUGUUUUGUGGGCAAUGGAAAAUCGUUCGGACCAUUCUGAUCCAUUGAGUAUGCUGGUAAUCGUAGGAGAUAUCUUCAUGACUUUCUACGCUGCCCUUAAAGCUUUGGAAGAUAGAUAUUACAAUGUUCUCUUAGCACUCCCGAAUUAUAUUUCAUCAUCAGUGAUACCUACUCUAAGCCUUGAAUGGCUUUCGAAAGGCCUGUCACAUGAAUUUAGUCUUCCCAACCAUGGCAUAACUCUACCGCAUAAGCCAAAGAGCAGAGAGGAGAAUGUUAGUUUCGUUGCAUCCCGAAGAUAUGGCUGGGUGGUUUGAGACAGACAUCUUCUGGGAUGUCCAGGGUUGCCCAUGUGAUAUUUCGACUCUCGGCUCAGAUCUCAUCAGCAAGGGUUAUACUGAUAAUGUGUUAAUCAGGCCUUACAUUGGUACAGAUUACGAGGGUGCUGUAACCGCAGGUAAUUAUCGUUGCACGCCUGAAGUCGUAAUCCACGGGGAAAAUGAUCUGAAAGUUAUGAGGAUGUUACUGGACAUUGUUUUCUGGGCAAUGAACUACGAUGAUGUACCACAAAAUUUGAUGAUGCUAUUCUCAAAACCUUCAUCAAAAGACACCAAGUGCGAACGUGUUCUCCAAGCCUUGGAACGCAGAGGUUUCAAUGUUAUCUUAAGACCCUGUGCUGAGAUAGAUACAUCUACCAUUGUCAGCUUUGAGCAGCUUUGUGAAGAAAAGCCUACCAACCAAAGCGUUAAUUCACUAGGUCGCAGUGUAGAGAGUGAACGACUUGCAUCGCAACCGGUGCUCGUCUUCUGGUUGGUCGAUGAUUGCCCACCCAAACCUAGUGAGACUUGGUAUAAUGUCAUGUCAACUCUUAGAGCGAAGGGUUAUCCUUAUGGUGCUGAGUCGAUGACUGCUUAUGGUAGUAAGAGUAAGAUAUCAAAAGAAAUAGCCAGUGACUAUCAUAAUGCUGGAGUUAUUUUCAAAACCUUGGAGGAAGAAUCUGAAAAGAUUACUUUCUUGGCAUUGGACAUGAUUGAUUCGGCUGAUUUACUUCAUUGGCAACCAGCAAAUUUCCUGGUAAUCUCAAAACCCUUCAAAGACACUAUGUUCGACCGUGCUCUUGGAAUUUUGAAAGCCAAUGGUUUCAAUGUUCUCUUUGAACUGCCUGAUUAUAUGUUCACAUUUGGAAGCUCACUAUGGUCUGCAAAAAGCCUCUUAUAUUGAAGUUGAUGGAAGUUGUAGUGACGAGUACCCGAGUCCUGGAAAAUGAUCUUUACUAUGAAGAAUGACGGACGGACUGAGACGCUUUUUUUAUUUUUUGUUCGAUCUGUUUGUAACGUUUGAUUGAUCCUCUAACAAUAUCUAUUAUAGUAUUUGUAGUAUAUGUGAAGUGAAUUGCGGACACAAAUUUUUGUGUCGUUUUGAUUGUUUUGAUUAAUAAAAAUGAAAUUCUGAUA